GCUGGGCGCCGCUCUCGCCAGUCUGCAUCGCGCUCCUGCAGGAUGUGCGCGGCUCGGCUCUCCGCGGCGGCGCAGUCCACCGUGUUCGCCUUCUCCGCGCGCCCGCUGGCGGGCGGGGAGCCCGUGAGCCUGGGCUCCCUGCGGGGCAAGGUGCUGCUCAUCGAGAACGUCGCCUCCCUCUGAGGCACCACCACCCGGGACUACACCGAGAUGAAUGACCUGCAGAGACGCCUGGGGCCUCGCGGCCUGAUGGUGCUCGGUUUCCCGUGCAACCAGUUCGGACAUCAGGAGAAUGCCAAGAACGAAGAGAUUUUGAACACCCUCAAGUAUGUCCGACCGGGUGGUGGGUUCGAGCCCAACUUCACAUUGUUUGAGAAGUGCGAAGUGAACGGUGAGAAGGCGCACCCGCUCUUCACCUUCCUGCGGGAGGCCUUGCCGGCGCCCAGCGACGACCCCACUGCGCUCAUGACCGACCCCAAGUACAUCAUCUGGUCCCCGGUGUGCCGCAACGACAUUGCCUGGAACUUCGAGAAGUUCUUGGUGGGCCGCGACGGAGUCCCGGUGCGCAGGUACAGCCGCCGCUUCCGCACCAUCGACAUCGAACCCGACAUAGAAGCGCUGCUGUCCCAGCAGACGGGCGGCCCCUAGGGCCUUCUGGUGUCCGGGCUUGGUGGUCUCUGGCUGCACGCUGGGGGGAGGUUCUUCCAUGAUGGUGUUUCCUCUAAAUUUGCAUGGAGAAACACCUGAUUUUUUUUUAGGAAAAUCCCCUCAGAUGGGCGCUGGUCUUGCCCAUUCCCGGUGCCUUUCUGCCUAAACAAAGGCAGUUUCGCCACUAAUAAAGAGCUGAAUGUCAAAGAACUGUA